GUAGAAAGAUGGGCGAUUCACCGCCUGGACCACAGACGAUUGGGCGGCCGGAAUUCUACAAGAAAGUCUACACCAUCCUGGUCAUUUUCAUCGUUACUGGACUCCUGCAGCUGGUGAUUGUGAAGGCCUGCGAUUAUGACUUUUACAGCGGAUUUCCAGUAUCCAGCACUGUGUGGGUGCUCAUCGCCUUGUGGUGCCUGCUGACCCUGCUCUGUGUGCCGGUGACCCACGCCUUUCCGAUCACCUAUGUGCUCGGAAUUAUCGCCGCCGAGGCCCUGACACUGAGCGUGCUCAGUCAGGACUUUCUGCUGCUCACGAUGGCCUGGACGUAUAGUAUCCUGGCGGUGGCCGUAAUCCUUAGUAUUUGCCUCUAUGUGAUUGGGAUUUUUAUGCCGCUAAAAUUUCUGCCGGGCUCACCAACGAUGCUGGGUCUGGGCAUUGCGGCAAUCAUUGUUUUAGCCUCGUUGCUAAUCACCCGGAUUGCAACCGGGAAUGAAGCUAUGAUGUUCUAUUUUAACAUCGUGAGCCUGCUGUAUUUCAUGCUUAUCGUCGUCUUUACCAUCACCGUUGUCCACGACAGACGUCUGCAGCCCCUGCCCCAAGAGAAACGUAUGGUGCCGGUUAUCGUUUUGGCUGCCCUUUUCUUCUAUAUGAUCCGCAUGAUCGCUGUCCUUGUUCUGUAUGCUGUGCGCGAUCUGAGCAUCAAAUCUGCAAUAAAUCCCGGAAAACUACAAAAGAGUUUCUUCCAGAAGAGAUAUAUUCCUGAAAUAUAG